AUGAGCCCUGGCCAAUACGCCACCUUGGAAAAGCUCAUUAGUCAAUUUGAACAAGUCAUGGUUUCUUUGAAACUACAGGAUCAGUGGUUCCACGGUGCCGGCUCCCUGCUUGGCUCACUUCAACAUCAUGACCUCAUUCCCUGGGACAACGAUGCCGAUGUGUGUGCUCAUCUUCGCUAUCGGCAACGAAUUCAACAGGCCCUCAAAAAUCUUUGGCCUAAAUUUGGAACGUAUGCACAACCCUCUAGAGACAAGCUCUUUUUCAAGCCAAUGGAUAAAAAUGCCACAACUGACUUAAACACUAUCGGCAGUCAUGCUUUUAACCAUAUGCCUGGUGCUUGGCCAUUUAUUGAUAUCUGUUACUAUAGGGAGAUUGAUUCAGCAAUGGGAGAAGAGUUCCUUCAAAGCUACCGUAAAUUCAGCCUAGGACACAUCUAUCCUCUUACCUACAGACCCUUUGGCAAACACUGGUAUCCGGCACCACGAAGACCCAUCAGUUUUCUCAAAACUUUCUAUUCAACAAAUAAACAGUAUUACUCAUCUCAUUCUUAUUCCCAUGCCCUCGAGAAGGUCAUCGUUGCCAAAUAUAUGGACUGCGGAAGACUGGCGGAAAGGUAUGCAUUUGUUCACCGCUGUCCCAUUCCUGAGGAGGAGAGAGGUAACACACCCUUGGGAUUCUGCGAUGAGCACUUGGUUGAUGGCAGUGGACGAAGCACUCGUUCAACGCUGCCCUGUUCCAAGAUCUGGGAGUAG